AUGAUGAGACAAGCGACCAUGGAUUUCAGCCCUCCAUCUGUGUUUGAUCAACAAAAAGGUGACUCAUCUGAGGAAGUUGAUCUGACCAUGGUUUAUCAGGCAGCAUCUAAUGGAGAUGUCAAUGCUCUGACUGCAGUGAUACGGGAAGAUCCUUCAAUCCUAGAAUGCUGUGACAGCGAAGGGUGUACGCCCUUGAUGCAUGCGGUUUCUGGACGUCAAGUGGACACAGUGAAGCUGCUAUUGAAGAUGGGAGCCAAUAUCAACAAGCAGGAUGCUUAUGGCCGCACAAGUUUAUGUCUGGCAACCUACCUGGGUUGGCUCGAGGGCUGUGUGAGUCUGCUCAGAAAUGGGGCCAAGCACAAUAUCCCUGAUAAAAAUGGGCGUCUGCCACUGCAUGCUGCCACCGCUGAGCCUGAUGUGAGGCUCCUUACAGUCCUGCUACAACAGUCAAACUUCAGUGAGAUUAAUCAUCAAGACAAUGAGGGAAUGACACCACUCCACUGGGCAGCCUUCCACAACCAGCCUCAACACACCCAAAUGCUGCUGAAGAAGGGGGCAGACCCCUCCCUUGUGGAUAAAGACUCUAAGACGGCUCUACACUGGGCAGUCCAGAGCGGAAAUAGAAUUCUGUGCUCCAUCAUCUUGAGCCAUGACCUGGGGCCUUCUAUUAUAAACUACGAUGACGAGACCGGGAAGACGUGUGUGCACAUUGCCGCAGCGGCCGGCUUCGGGGACAUCAUCCACGAGCUGGCAAGAGUCCCAGAGUGUAACCUACAGGCCCUGGACGUGGACGACAGGACCCCACUGCAUUGGGCCGCGGCUGCAGGGAAGGCAGAGUGUGUCCAGUCACUGCUGGAACUGGGCAUGGACAGCAACCUCCGUGACAUCAACGAGAGCACGCCCCUGGCCUAUGCCCUCUACUGUGGUCACACUGCCUGUGUCAAACUCCUCUCCCAUGAAAGCAAAGCAGAGCCUGCCCGACCCCUUCCUUCCCAGAAUAGUAGAUCCCAAAAGAAGGAGGGCAGGUUCAAUAUGCUCAACCAAAUCUUCUGCAAAAAUAAGAAAGAACAACAGAGAGCCUAUCAGAAGGAUCACAGCAAGGACCGCUACAGGAGGGAGGACACCUCGGAAGUUGAUGACAUCAUCACCACCUUUGACAGCCUUGUGGAUACCAACUGCCAGGAACAGCUCAGUGACCAGGUGGCUAUGGUUGAAUUUAAGAAGAGGACCACAGAGAAUUCAAAAUAUCUCUUGCCAGAUAAGAAGCCUUUGGGCCGUAAGGGGCUGCCACCAAUCAGAACACAGAGUCUCCCACCCAUCACCUUGGGCAAUAACUUCCUGACAGUUUCCUAUGGGACUACUUCCCAGGCUGGGGUGAGUUCUGGCCCUCAUCAUAUGGCUCCAAGAUCUCAGAAGAGUCGAAGUGAGCAGGACUUACUAAAUAACAGAACUAGCUGCCAGACUUUGCUAGAAAACUCCUGGAGGGGAGAUUCCAAUCAGUUGUUCUCCUACAGCGCUUGGACAAUGUUAUCUUCUGAUAAAUUACAAGACAAACUGCUCACUGGCAGGUCUGGUCACCCGGAGGCCUUGGGGCCACCACAUCUUCCACAUCUCCAUAAUCCUUCAGGGCAAAAUUUUCAACACCUCUUUCCAAACAGACCCAAAAUCAGGGAUCUUCCUCUCACACGGAACAAUCUGGCUCCCCUCCCAGACCAGAAAUUUCUUUCUGGAGAACCUCUGUGCACCAAUCGAGUACUUCCUGCUAUCCCAAGCCAGCGAGGACACAACACACCAGCUGAAGAGGGUAAUGAAUCUGGCAAUGCCACCAAUGAUCAAACUUAG